AUGCAUAAAACGUUGUUAGCAGAGUGGAGUAAGGAGCAGAAGAAUACAAAUACAAUUGAACAAGUUCUUAAGCAAAUGGAGGAAGCAUUGUUUGACCAAGCAGCUAUCGGCUCUCUAGAUGCUAAAGCGCUAACCACUAUUUAUAAGGAUUACUACGUUCUCUCAUUUUACGACCAAUGUCCUUCUGCCGCAGAGAACAAAUAUCUUAUGAUUGGACUGAACCUAAUGUUCCUGCUGGCUAGCAACCGUCUCUCUGAUUUCCACAUGCUGCUCGAAUCUGUUCCGCAAAGCAUCCAAUCUAACAACCCUUACAUUUCAACUCCUGUUCGAUUGGAACAAUCGCUAAUGGAAGGAGCGUACAAUAAGGCUAGUGAAUUACGCUAG